AUGAUAUUUGAUAACACGAUUUGCAGGGCUGUUUCAAAACAUCGACAAGACAAAUGGACCCAUACUCAGCACAACCAUCACGCUAAUGCUGCUUGGACACAGCAGAUACCUGCUCUUGUUGAAGCAUAUCUAUGCUGGAGACAUGGACCCGAAAAUCAUCGUCACGGUGCUGAUGAACCCAGUCACCAUACUUUCAGUGUGAGCAGAGUUUUGUGCGCCCUUCAUAAUCAAUCAGAUGAACCGAAACUUGUCCCUCGAAGAUUGCACAGCAUGGACGGGAAUCACUCAGCAAAGCGGAUUGAUGGCUCUGGAUCCAUGGACCCCUCUGCCAGGUCGGUCGAAGAAAACAAGGUUUUGGUGUUCGAACAAACUGGUAUUUUUAUCAUGGCUUGCCGGCAUGGGUUCGUGGAGUGCAUUACUGAAAUGAAGCGUAGCGGAGAACUCGCAAAAUAUGGCCUUGCUGCUAUCAACCACAUGCUUGAUGUCUGCGGGAAAGACCAGGGGCUGGGUUCUAACAGUGCCUGUGGGAUCAUUCGACAUGCGUCAUAUUUUCACUGGGUUCAAUAUCUAGAUCUGCAUUUUGAUCAAUGGGACAAAGACAAAUAUCUUGAGUUGAGUAAUUUCUUACGCAAUAACUAUGCCCAAGCGCUUCACAUGAUAGAGGAGUACACUCCUUUGCUUGAUGAGUUCAAGAUGCACAAAUCUCUUACUGAUGACGCAUUCUUUCAAUGGAGGGAAGAGGAAUCUGAAUUCCUUGCAAACCUUGCCCUUGAACCUCCGUCAGACGCCAUUGCGGUAGCAUAUGUUGAAGAGCUCGAAAAGCUCCAGCGUGCAGAAGCCACAUAUGGCAACAUGACCGGUGUCCCAUUCCUCAUGUACAUGCCAGCCAGUUUCACGUCAUCGUCAGGUCUCAAUUCCCAAGCUCAUCAGUCUUCAAAAAGUGCUGAAGCUGAGCUUCUUGCCGCAUUACGACGCCUUCGUUUACAAAUGAAUGUUGUUGAAGAUUUUGAAUGCCAGCAUGGAAUCGAUCAAUGCUGGGAAGUGUCAGACCCUCGUUAUCAUCAAGCACAUGAGUACUCAGGCCAACGGCACUUCGUGCGGGUGGUUGAAGAAUUAGAAGGCCUAGUGGUGCAAUGCAUGUUUGAGUUGUCGAAGGCGAAUCUCUCUGGCACAGGAUACAAGAUGCGCAAAUAUAUAUCUAAAGCUAUCACAUGA